UUCAUACUUCCAAACGCAUGCUUCUGUGUACUCCUACCUACACGCCUUUCUUUUUAAUUUUCCCGGGUCCCGACCGAUCAUAUAUUAUACUUCCUUCAACUCAAUUAAUUUUAUCAAAUUCAACUCGAACCUGGACAUAAUACUGUGCAACAGAACAACUGAAGCAACAAAAAUGCGCACAAUUUCUCUACUACAAAUCUUUUCACCUCUCUUUCUCUCAUCUCUUCUUCUCAAUCUCACUCAUCUUCAAUCAAAAUGGGUUGUUGAAGCCCAGUUAAUUCCUACCAAAUUCGAUGGUUUUGUAUAUGGUAAACCCAACAAAUUCAACCCAGAUAGAAUUCUCAUUGAAGCUUUCUUUGACCCCGUUUGCCCAGAUACCCGGGAUUCUUGGCCUCCUCUUAAACAAAUUCUUCAUUAUUAUGGUUCCAAGCUGUCUCUUGUUGUUCAUCCUUUCCCUCUUCCGUACCAUGAUAAUGCAUUUGUAAGUUCUCGGGCACUGCAUAUUGUUAAUGAAUUAAACAGUUCUGCAACAUAUCCCUUGUGGGAAAGUUUCUUCAAGGAUCAGGAGAAAUUUUACAAUCAGAAGACUAGCAACAUGACCAGAGUUGAGAUUUUAGAUCACGUUGUAAACUUCACAACAAAAUCUGUAGGCCAUGCCUAUUACUCUGCUGUAAAAUCUGGCUUUAGUGACCGCAAAACUGAUCUCAAAACAAGGGUUUCAUUCAAGUAUGGUUGUUCAAGAGGCGUCUACGGAACACCGGCUUUCUUUGUCAAUGGUUUUCCUUUGCCUGAUGUUGGCUCUUCCAUAGACUACAACGGAUGGAGAAAGAUUAUCGACCCACUUGUUAGCUCAAAGAGAGCACAUGGGUUCUUUAGCGAUUGACAUCAAAGAGAGUCGUUACGAAUCUAUUAAAGUUUUUCUAUAUGUUUGUCUAAAUCAUCUUCUGAGAACAAGAAAAAUUUUAUGAAUCAUUUUAUAAUUUUUAUAUAUAUUUUUCAAUGUUGUCUA